AGAGCGGCACCGUCGUUGCUGGUACUUGUGUGUUGUGCGUGCGCUGUGUUGAAUUCUUUCGUCGAUUUCGCUGUGCUUCGGCUACCACGAUGCCACGGGAGAUGAUAAUGCUGCAGCUCGGCCAGUGUGGCAAUCAAAUUGGCUUCGAAUUUUGGAAGAAGCUGUGCGCCGAGCAUGGCAUCAGCCCAGAGGGAGUCCUAGAAAACUUCGCAACUGAUGGCAUAGACAGAAAAGACGUCUUCUUUUACCAGGCGGACGAUCAGCAUUACAUUCCUCGUGCGGUACUCCUAGAUCUAGAACCACGAGUAAUCAACACAAUAAUGAAUUCGCCGUAUGCCAAGCUGUACAACCAGGAGAACGUCUAUCUCUCGCAGUCUGGUGGCGGUGCUGGAAACAACUGGGCUGUCGGCUACUCGCAGGGGGAACGUCUCCAUGAGGACGUUUUUGACAUCAUUGAAAGAGAGGCUGAUGGCAGCGACUCUCUGGAAGGCUUCGUACUCUGCCACUCAAUUGCUGGCGGAACAGGCUCUGGAAUGGGCUCGUACAUUCUCGAACACCUGAACGACAGGUUCCCGAAGAAGUUGAUCCAGACGUACUCGGUGUUCCCGAAUCAGGAUGAAAUGAGCGACGUGGUGGUGCAGCCGUACAACUCAAUGCUCACUCUAAAUAGGCUUACACAGAAUGCGGACUCAGUAGUUGUCCUCGACAAUGCCGCUCUCAACCAGAUUGCAGUGGACCGGCUCCAUAUUGAAAACCCAUCUUUUGCUCACAUCAACACACUGGUCUCAACGAUCAUGUCUGUGAGCACAACAACCCUUCGAUAUCCCAGCUACAUGAAUAACAACCUCAUUGGUCUGGUGGCACCCCUGAUCCCAACUCCAAAGCUUCACUUCCUGAUGACAGGCUACACACCUCUCACAACUGACCACGAGGCGCCCAGCGUGCGUAAGACGACUGUGCUUGACGUCAUGAGGCGGCUGCUGCAGCCAAAGAACAUGAUGGUUUCCAUCGGGCACGAUCGCUCAGCCAGCCAUUGCUACAUCAGCAUCCUCAACAUCAUCCAGGGCGAGGUAGAUCCGACCCAGGUGCACAAGAGUUUGCAAAGGAUCCGCGAGCGCAAGCUGGUGCAGUUCAUCCCCUGGGGCCCCGCUAGCAUCCAGGUGGCAUUGUCUCGCAAGUCACCAUACGUCCAGACGCAGCACAGAGUCAGCGGGCUCAUGCUUGCCAACCACACAGGCGUCACCUCGCUGUUCCAGCGCACGUUGCAGCAGUUUGACAAGCUGCGCAAGCGAGAGGCCUUCCUGGAGCAGUUCCGCAAGGAACCCAUGUUCCAGGACAGCCUGGAGGAGCUGGACGGCUCUCGCGACGUUGUCCAGGGCUUGGUUGACGAGUAUGUCGCAGCCACGAAAGCGGACUACCUCUCGUGGGUCUCGCGUCAGUCAACUGUGGCACCAAAGUGAAGUGGGCUUGUACUACUUAUCAUUUGAUAUUCCAUGUCCGGCUGCAACUUCUGAAAGCAAAUUCUGAAGACGGGGGGGGGGGGGGGAAAUAACUGUGUCGCAAUGUUAUCCCAUUGUAGAAGGAGCUGUGUUUCAGUGUGUGCUGCUCAAUUCCUCUAUAAUUACAUGUCUUCUGUACAUAGAUAAAAUAUUGAACAUGCUCAGUCAUGCACUUUUCGAGCAUUUGCUUAGUACCGAUGCUUUGCAAAUGCUUAUAACGCACACUGCUCUAGGAAAUGGCAUUACGCAAUGUUGUUGAAUUGUGUUUCGAAGCUACUGUAAGUUAUUCUUUGUGUGUGUGUGUGGCAUUUCUCGUAACUGUUGACCUUAUUUUUGAGUUAGUUGUGCCUGUAGUUUGAGCUGCCUUUGGAUGUCAGAGACUCCAAGACAUUAAAAAAAAAAGGAAGCAGGUUUUAUAAUGUGUGCCAAAGCGACGCACCAGUGGUGCCUUUUCAGUUGGGGCGUGCAAAUAUUCAAAACAUUUGAAAUCGCAAAUCGAAUAGUAUUGUCCUAUAUGAUUCGGUCCGUAAUUGAAAAUCUAAAUAUUUUUCGGGUAGUUCUCAAAUACUUCAGGUCAUCGAUUUUACAUGUCAAACAUGAACUAGAAGCAAAAAUGCGAUAGCUAACUUUCAUUCCAUCCACAGUGGACAUAACUAGAGUAAACAAACUGCUUAUUUGUGCCUAAUGCUUCUUUGCACUUUUAAUAAAGCAUGCUUAAUAAUCUGCACUGUAAUAACAGAAACUUUCAAAUGUGAAAACCAGGAUGUGGAAAUUGUUUGAUACAGUAGUAAUAGUGAGAAGGCUGUACAAUAGGCACCGGGCGGCCGUUGUAAGGCGCCAGCGGCGCGCCGGCGAUAUGCUGGGGAACAGCGCCGCGAGCGGCAGCUGUCGGAGCACUGGCAUGUGAAGCAGACGACGGGACGAAGGCGCUCGGUGCUUCCAGUGAUUUGGCACUGCGGGUUUUAAGGGCUGACGCACCGGAAAACGCAUUUUCGUGUGUCUGUUUUUGAGAAAGGUCGUCACUUGUACGAGGCAGAUCAUAUUCGUGGCAUCAAGUAGUAUAUAAAGCAAAAAACGAGCGCAAAUUGUGAUGCAAAUGCACCACGCGAACGGAGCUCCGCGGCAAGCUAAGACGUGGAACUCCAGAAGUUAUAUUGCAGAUGUUAUUUUGCUGUGCGCGUUAACAUUCUCGCGUAUUUAAUCAUGUAAAUAGGUGAAGAACCCAAAAAUUAUGGACAGAAAAAACGGAGACAUACGUCUUUCUUAUUCUGUUUCUUGAGCUGCUUCGCCGAUCGCACAUGUGUCAGUAAGUUCCCGUUCUCUGUCCGUUGUAGUUCUUUUAUCUUUGCAAUGAUUCCCCAUUCUUAAUUGCUUAUAAACUAGCCCAAUCUUCAGUCACGCUUCAUUUUAUAUAGCUUAGCGCGACGGGAGCCGUCGGUGGCGGUGAGUGUGAACACGCCACUGCGUUGGCGUUCGCCGUCGAUGCACAGCACAGUCAUGUGCCGGACGCAAGCAGAGUUGGGAAUUGCUAAAAAGGAAACUGUACAUUAAAAGGAACACUGAUACACUGAUAAGACGGCAAAAUGACUACAAAUCUGAGUGUUCGCCUUCGGUGCCCACACUCCGGAGCCGUUACACUGCGUAGGCGAAGACAGGCAAGCGGGACACGAAGCUUUUGCGUAUGAGCGGCUCUUUCAUUAACGUUAGAACAGCUAGACCAUAGCAAAUCAGGUUCGGGAAUGUACAGUGCCCAGCGAUUGAAGCGCUGGAAGCGCGCAGCUGCCGCCGUUUUUUUUUUUUUUUUUUUUCGCGCCACAGGUGAGCGCCGUGGGACCAAAUGCAGUCAUAAUGCGUUACGAAGGUUCUCGCUUUCACUAUACACCACAAUGCAUCAGUUAUGCGUCCCCAGCGCUUACAGUCAGUGCAAAAAGCGCUGGUGACCAUGCGAUUCGAGUAUCGCGUUUCAAUUGCUGAGCACUGUACGCGCUGUUGCCUACACACCGCACAUAUAGAGACUUUCCGCCUGAUAAACGCGAUGCCGCGAUGAACGAUUGAAUUGAAUGGCCUAACGAGCUUCAGUCAUGUUUCAGUAACUGUUGGUGCACCUAAAAACGCAACAUGUUUGAUCAGACUUGGUUUCACGGCAGCGCCUGCUGCGCGCGGCCUGGCCGCCACAUGCCAAUACAUUCGCUGCGCCGCCGCAUGAAGGCGCCACCGGUCCAAAUUCAUCCCGCGCCCGGUGCCUAUACUCGCGAAAUAUUAGAAAAACAUUCUGUAUUCGAUUAACAUCUCGGACUAUUCAAUUUGAGUUGGUUCUGGCGCUAUUCGAUUUGUAUUCGAUUUGUUCUCAAAAACGACUAUUCGCACACCCCAACUUUUCAGGAAACAUCUGUGAUGUGCACUCUGUUCCAUACUUAAUGGGCAUAAUGUUAAACUGUAUGAACUUCAAACUUGCAUUUAUGAAUUAAGUGCUGUGGAAUAAAGGUGUCUUAGUAUUAUUUAGAUUGUUGUGUUUGUUAGGCAUGUUGACGUGGAGUUGAGAUUACUAGAUCUGUCUGGCUGUAAAGUACUAAUUUUGUUUUACACUUCAAAUGUAUAUAUCAGAUGCAUGGCUUUACUAGGGGUAUGUAAUAAAUGCGCUUUAGUGGAUUAAAGUGUUGCAUUUUCUAGUUAAGGCUUGUUAAGGUGCAGCCGAAAUUAGCAAAAGAUUUGUUUGCUUUCAAAUACUAAAGUUGCCAACAUUGCCGGGUCUUUCGCAGUUUUUUAAGCAGCCUUGCAUAUGUGAACAUUAUCUGCUAGAUAUUCUGGAACGAGUUGUUAGACCUCAACAGAAUGUUCCUGAUGCUGUAAACACAGGCUUUUGCUUAAUUUAGUCCUGGCCUUUAACUUGUGCUUUUCUGUGUGUGUGCGUUAAUCAAGGGGUUCUGCCUAUUUUUGACUGUAUGAGGAGUAGACCCAAGCUUGCUCGAGGAAAAACUGGCUGGCACUACAGCCGUUCUUAAAAUUUGCAUUUGUUGUCUUGCUUCUGCAAUAAGGACUCAAUACCCUGAUUAUGGUGCUUUUGUGCAUUUUUGCCACAUUGCACAGUAUCCUGAGUGUUCUUGAGGCACAUGGUUUCGUUCAGGCGUGGUGACAUUUUCAUCAGUAGUGAACAUUGUUGAGCAAGCAGAGAAAUUAGAGUUUAGAAGAAAAAACUUGCACCAUCACUGCACCAUGUACAACACAUUAUUUUAGUAGUGUAUUGCAGCCUUUUUUUUCAUUGGCCAGAAAGGAUAUGUACGAAACUGUAGUGAGCCUCAGUAGUGAACUCUGAGCCAUCUGUCAAGCCAAUACUUGUGCUUACCAUCAUUCCUAUGCUGGUUCAAGUAGAGAGGAAAUGCUGAGAGAAACCACAUAGACAGUAGCGCCACAUUUCCCCUAGGGCAAGUUUCGGAAAUUGUUUAUAGUGUGUGGACUAGUAAGUAGGCUCAGCGGGACAGCCACAUAAAGGUCACAAGCAAUCACAGCUGCCAGUGACAUCUUGUCAUUUCUUAAAUCUGUGUUUUUAAAUGCUGGUAAUAUAUUUAGGGUAUCUGGCCUAUUUGGAAACAUACUUCAUAGCAAUACACUGUCCUAAGCAGUGGGAUGGGAGUACUAUUUUCCUGUCAUCCACUUAAUCAUUUGUGAUUGGCUCAUGAAAAUUUCAAUCAUUAGAAACAACUGAAAGUUUUGAAUAGGAAUGGGACUACCAGUAGUGAAAUUUUUCUCGCACUUCUGUUCUAUUGAACAAUGUGCUUCUAAAUGCCUCAACUCAUGCUCACGAUUAUAGACACUUCUUUACAGUGGUAACUUUAAUGAUAGCUUGCACAAACAUUCACACAUCAUGGAAAUGCAUCUCUUAAAAGCUAUUCUAGAUUUUUAGAUUAGGAAUGUGUACUGCUUGGUUUUCACACAUGCUCUUCACAAUUCUGAAGGAAGUAUUUCAUUUAUACAGAUGUCUUCAAAGAGUGCAGAUUUUUUUAUAAUUUGUAUGCACCGUUCUGAAUUUGAAGGUUACAGCCUGUCACCAGUGAUUCAAAAGUUUGUCAAUUCAUGUUUUUUAGAUUACUAGCCAGCCAUAAAUGGGAGUUCUAUUUCUGUCAGAAGAUGUUAAUAGCAGUUCGCUAGUUUCAGCCAUGCACAAUGCAUAAUUUUUAUCAUUUAAUUCACACCGUACAACAUUUUGUGUUGUGCGUUUUUAGAUGGCAGGCAUGGUAAAGGCAUGCAUUGACUUUGUCAUGUUAGAUCCAGCCUUCGCUUGUCUUGUAAGGCACGGUAUGGAACCAGGAGCACGGGCCAGGAAUGGCUUGCAUUGUCGUAGCUUUGCUGUCCUAAUGUGGUUAACUUGAUGAAAAGUCUUGCAACCGCCUAGAGGAUUUGUCUAUACGGCAAACAUGCUUAUUUUUCUAGGCAUUGUGUGUCACACACAAGCAGAGCCGAAAUGAAGCGGUAAAAGAAGAAAGCAAGCUAUUGUAGAUUGUAUUUAUAACCUUCUACAUUUGCACGAGUGAUUCUGUCACAAUUUGUUCAGACGCUCUGUUUUGGGUCUAUGUAUGUUUAGUGACCACUCAAGGCAAGAAUCUGAACAGGGGAUUUCUAGUAAAUAUAUAUGAAAAGUGUUCUGCACUUUUCUACAUUGACAUUUCGUUCUGGCCUGCCUGUGCAUGCAAAGUGCUGUUCCUAUUCAGUGCCUUCAAGGUAGAGUUGCAUUAGUCAUCUGUACAGCUGUGAACUGACUAAUUUAUCAUUUCUUUGUGUACUACUUACUGCUGUGCAUUUGUGACACAUUUUGUUGUUUGAAUUGUUAUAUUAAAUAAAAUGACACCUCAGGCAAAGCCAAGAAAACAA